AUGAGACGCGAACAAGGCGACUGCGACAUCUGGUUCGAUGAUGCCGAAUAUAUUGGUUUGGAGGUAUCUUUCCCCUCCGGAUCAAUAUGGAAGCUACAAACCAAAAUAGGAGAACAUGCAUAUCAAGAAUCUCAACGAGAUUGCGAGGAGUUGGGCCUCAACUCCGAGGCACGUGGGCUAUAUACGUGCUCAAAGAUUUCGGGAGAUGGGCCGCCUACUGCUGUCAUCAAAAUUCGGCUGCAAAUUCCAUGGUGGAGAACCACAGUAAAGAAGCCCGAAGCUCGCGCUAGGCAGGCUACCCCAGAUAUUCCUGAUAAAUUUUUUUGGGAAAUUGAAGCGUUAUCCCGUUUGACAAAGGCCGGCUGUUCCAGCACCCCUACUCUACUUUCCCAUAAAAUAGACCAACAGUCAUCUGAGGAAAUGGUCCCAGGAGGCUACAAACUCUAUAUUUUGAUGGCGAAACUACCAGGUUGUGCUCCAGAGGCUUCAUACUUCAGUGGGCAGAUGCCCCUUCACGAACGAGAUAGUCUAAGACGUGCGUUUAAGGCAUCGUGGCUAGAGACAGUUCGGUGUGGGCUUCGCCAUACAGACAAGGGGAUACGUAAUUUGAUUUGGGAUAAAGAAGGCAAUAAAUGGUACGCUCCCACUUAUCAUUAUAUUAAGCGAGCUCCCUUGAUAUGCACCAUUUUUGACUCCCUUGAUGACAGCUACUUGGUUGACUGGGAGUACUGGGAGCCCUCAGAUGAAGGCAGUGUUUGGAAAAAUCGUCUAUACAUUGGCUGGAAUCUUGCUCGAGUUGGCCCGUCAUCCAAUUACGUUGAUAUGUCUGAUUGGAUUCUUUAA